CAUUCUUCCAAGCUGUCUGCACCAUCCACCAUCCGACACGCCUCGAUUAAACCACUUCUGUAACCAAACUUCAAACCUUUUUCUACAAGCGUGUAAUCAACGAGCAAAUAUCAAAAAGUCUUUCGUACAACAAUCGUCGCAAUGCCUGCUGCAUCCGUCGCAUCUGCGCCUGUCAACCGCACGACCAACAGAACUGCCGCCUCACGGACGAAGAAGCCGGCUGGCGCUGCUGCAAAGAAGACACAGAGCGCUGCCAACGGUGCCGCAAACGGUGUGCACCAGGCUACCUCUCCAUACACCAUCAUGGCGUCACGCAUCGCAAACCGCGUCGCAGAGAUGGCUGAGAACAUGACCUUUGUUGAGCGCGAAAAGCCCCAGUCCCCCCAGAACGCCCCGGCCGUCCAGGCGCCCAAGCAGAAGAAGCCCCCGCGCAAGCUCGAUAUCCGUGUACCCAACAACGGCGCGUCACCCACUAACAUCACCUUCUCUGCGCCGUUCCUGGAUAACACCCUCGCUAAACUCUUGACGCUCCAGAACAGGAUGCUCAAGGUCAGCAACGACAUUGCGGCUAGCGAGGACGUGGAUGAACACACAAAACAAGAGCAGUUUGCACAGAGUGCGGAGCUGUCGCGCAUCAUCGCUCUCAUCUGCGCUGAGAAGGCCAGGCAAGGGUCUUAGGUUGUUGCAGCGCGGGAGGAGGCAGCAGAGGAUGAGGAUGUAAUGGGUUGAUGAUUGAAUGAAUCGAACUAUGCGUUAGUGGUUCAGGCGUUGAACUUUUUUGGCCAUUUAUCAGAUUUGGCGGUCUGACGGGUUUUCCUUUUUCCUAUGUAACACCUGCUCUGAAGCGGCUAGCUCUAUUAUGUAUGAUAUCAGUAAGAAUGAAAAGGCAAACGUUGAACACGCU